GCGCAGCGGUCCAUCCCUGAGACCUUCUUUUCAAUGGGGUUUUGCGGAUGGAGUUUCUGGCAGUUCUGCACAGCCGCCGUGCGACCAGCUCGGCUUUUCCUCCCGCGGCUUUCUCAGUUCUGCUGCUCUUCUCCAUCGGCAUCCCUGAUUCCCUGUGGCUCUUGCUGGCUGGACCUUGCUGGAGUCCUGCGGCUGUGGACAAUUUGGACAUGGCAAACCCGCAAGGCUGUGUCAAUUCCAUUUUCGCUCAACUGGAUAAUGGAGCAGAACAGGAGCUGUCCUUGUUUUGACUUUUCAUGCGACGUGUGUGACAAGCGGUCACGUUCCUGGAUGAUGGAUGGAUGGAUGGGUGGGUGGAAUGUGCACGCGGGCGGACAGCCCUACCAGGCGAAACCUUCGCGGUCUCCGGAUGAGAUGGCAGGACCUACAAAAGUUACACGCGCAACAACAGAUGAGAAAGUAAGAAGAAAAAAAGUAUAGAAAGGUGCUGUGAGUCGAUAAACAUCAAAAUCCUG